AUGCAUGACUGCAAGUACUUUUCCUUAGCGUUGGAUGAGAGUAUGGAUGUGACGGAUGUUAGCCAGCUUCUUAUUUAUGCACGAGCCAUUGACAGUUCAUUUGAAGUGCACGAGGAGUUAUUGAAACUGGUGGCUUUGCAUGACACUACCAAGGGACGGGAUAUUUUCAACGCUGUUCAAAGUGUUGUGAGUGAGUAUGGAGGCUUCGACAAGCUAUCAGCUGUUGUUACCGAUGGUGCGCCGUCAAUGCAAGGAAAACACACUGGAUUCGCCGGGCUCCUCCAACAGAGUGGCGUUGACUGUCCAAUACUGCACUGCAUCAUACAUCAGGAGGCCCUCUGUGCCAAGUCAAUGAACUUCAGCCAUGUCAUGGAUUUAGUUACCAAGGUUACCAAUCUCAUUCGAGGAGGGAACAGGUCUCUCAAUCAUAAGACGUUUGUAGCCAUUUUGGAUGAAGUGAGCGCUGUGUAUGGGGAUUUACAGAUGCACACAGAGAUAGAAAAACUGCAGCAGCAGUUUAAGAACCGCUUUCAAGAUUUCUACACCAUGAAGCCACGCAUCGUGUUAUUCACUGACCCGCUCUCUGCUGCUGUCAGUGCGCAGCCCCCUGAGCUGCAGCUUCAACUGUGUGAACUACAGUCAGACCCUUCUUCCAAGCAAAGCGCCAAGAGAGGGGAAUCUCCUUCUGGAGACUACUACCCGAGUCACGCUUUCCACUCCUCAGGGAUUUUGCACUCUCAACGGCCGGCAUAUUUGGGAGCACUUACAUCU